GAGGCCCGGCUGGGGUCACCUGGCCAGGUGACCGGGGGCGGGGCGUCGAUCGGUGGCCCUUUGUUGGUGGCCCCGGGCUACUAACUCCUCCUUCUCCUUGGGCCAGCGAAGGUGAGCGAGGGAGAGAGAUGUGCCGGCCCCUGCUGGCCCUGGGGCUCCUGCUGGCCCUCGGCCGGCCGGGCCGGGCCCAAGGUGGGCAGGAGGCCCCGGCCGGUCCCGCCUGCCCGGCCCGGUUCACGGCCGGGGUGGCGGCCUUCGUGCUGGACCGGGACGCCUCCAUCCGCCACGGGGCCACUUUCCUGGGGUCCCCUCCAGCGCGCAGGAGCCGGGAUUGCCUGCGGGCCUGCUGCGCCCUGCCCGGCUGCAACCUGGCCCUGGUGGAGCUGCCCCCCGAGGCCGGGGGUCCGGGGGGGCUCGACGAGCCCGUGACGGCCUGCUACCUGCUCGACUGCCUCUACGAGCAGGCCUUUGUCUGCAAGUUCACCCGCAAGCCGGGCUUCCUCAACUACCUGACCCGAGACGUCUAUCAGGCCUACCGCGACCUCCAGAAACACGGCUUCGGCAGGGGAUCCCGGAUCCCCAGAACCUGGGCAGGCACCGACCUGAAAGUCCAGGCCCAGGAGCCCCUAGUCCUCCGGGGCACGGGCGACACCGACUGGCACCUCCUGCAGGGCGAUGCCUCCGUGAGGGUGGAGAAAAAGGAGGCCGACCAGCUGGAGGUUUGGGGGCUGAAGGAGGGCAGCUACGUGUUCCAGCUGACGGCCACCAACCCAGACGGGCAGAGAGACACGGACAACGUCACCAUCACCGUGCUGUCCAGCGAGCAGACCGCAGAUUACUGUCUGGUCCCCAAAAAGGUGGGACGCUGUCGGGGCUCCUUCCCUCGCUGGUUUUACAACUCCACGGAGCAGCAGUGCCAGAAGUUCGUCUACGGCGGCUGCUUGGGUAACAAGAACAACUACCUGCGGGAGGAAGAGUGCAAGAUGGCCUGCAAGGAUGUACGAGGGCCCCUGGUGGAAAGUCGUCAAAAUCCAGACCCCACCCGCCACACGUGCUCCGAGGUCUGCCAGGCCUCCCAGUUCCGCUGCCGUAACGGCUGCUGCAUCGACGCCUUCCUGGAGUGCGACGAGACAUCCGACUGCGCCGACAACUCCGAUGAGGCGGGCUGUGACCAGUACAUCAGCGGCUUCGAUGAGCUGAAGCAGGUCGACUUUCCCAGCGAGAAGGAACACUGCGUGGACGUGCCCGACACGGGCGUGUGCGAGGACAGUCAGCUGCGGUGGUACUACAACCCCUUCACUGAGCGCUGUUUCCGCUUCACCUACGGCGGCUGCCCUGGCAACAAGAACAACUUCGAGGGGGAGCAGGAGUGUCUGCAGGCCUGCGAGGGCGUGUCCAAGAAAGACGUGUUUGGCCUGAGGCGGGAGACCCUGACUGCAGGCUCAGUCUCGGUGGAGGUGGCGGUGGCCGUGUUCCUGGCCACCUGCAUCGUGGUCGUGCUGGCCCUUCUCGGCUACUGCUUCUUCAAGAAACGGCGCAAAGGGAGUAGCCGGCGGCGGCGCCACCCCCCUCCCCCGCCCACGGGGGCCAGCUCCACCGUCUCCACGGCCGAGGACACCGAGCACUUGGUGUACAACCACACCACCAAGCCCCUCUGAGCCGGGGGCUCUGGUCAGCUCUUCCCCGGCCCCCUCCCGCUCCACCAAGCCCCCUUCCUCCCCCGCCCCAGCCCCCUCCCCCCCGCCGCCAGCUGGCGGGCGACACGUGGAUGCCAGCCCCGGGGGCUGGCCGCGUUCUAGAUGCCCCCACGUCCCGGGGCGUGGUGGGGGGGGCGCGGCGGGAGGUGAGCGCGGAUUUGAGGGGAAAAGUUCUCCCCAUCCGCCCCACUCCCUCCCGUUCUUCCCGCCCCGGGGGCCGGGGCCGGGAAACACAGCAUAGCCGCCGGGCCGCUCUCUCCCUAGGCCCCAAGCUCCCCUCGCCCAGCUGGAGGUGCCCUCGGACCAGGCAUUGCCAGCCAACGAGAGACUCCUGUGUACAUUUUUGCUGUAAAGGUUGUUGCUUUUCUUAUUUAAGGACGUUCUUCCCUCCAAACUACCCUCCCGCUCCCCAGACCUGUCCUUUCCUCCUCAAUGGUAUUUAUUGAGCGCUCGAAGGGCAGAGAGCGCCGUGUUAAGCGCCUGGGAGGGUACAAUACGAUUCACUGCCUUAGUGGGUAGGCUGGGCAGGUAAGGUGGAGCCGUGCAGGGCACAGGCCUGGGUCCCCCACUCUCCCCUGUAAUAAAUCAUCUUGCCCCUCGG